AUGGAGGGGAUCCCAGUCUGCUUACUAUGGGGCAGAUUGGGACGAGAGGAGCGAGAGGAGCGUGAGGAGAUGCAGGGAGAUCCAAAGCCGCCAGAGCCUGCUGCUCCAAGCAAGUGGGAAUGGCCUCCUUGGUGUCUGAACUUCAAGUCACCGAACAUUGAGGUUUGGGUUCUGGAUGAAGACGCUGGGAUCGGCAGAUGGGUGUCUGCACAACCACAAAGUCGCGUGGUCGACAAGUCUGGCAGAGAUGCGUAUCUUUGUGCCGAAUAUCUCUGGGAUGACGAGUACUACGUGCAGGACUUUGGACCUCAACACGUGCGCUGCAAGGGCGAAACGAAGACCGUGCUGCAGACCUUGACGCAGGACGAUCCUGAAUUGGAAGCCACCAAGGUCUUCAAGAAGAACGGCGACGAAAGCCUCAUGGACACCAAGGUCUUCAAGGAUAAGAAGGGCAAGAAAGAAGGUGGUCUCAGUGCGAUUCUGCACGAAGAUUGA